GUUUUUAUCCUCCAAAAACUUAUUUAGCUUAUACUUUAAAACCAAAUUCAUAUAAAAUUUCUGAUGAAUAUAUAGUUGAAACUACAUAUAGAAAAAUAGAAAAAAAAAUUAUAACCUGUUCAAUAAACUAUAUAGACAAUCAGCCUUAUUAUACAAUUAAAUUUGGUUCAAAUUCCGAUAAUUUUAUAUCAUCAAAUUGUUCUCUAACAGCAGCAACAAAUGCUUAUCUUAAAGCAUAUAAUACACAAAAAAUUGAAUAUGAACAAGCAAAGAAUUCAAAUAUCGUAAGUUUUAAAAUGAAUGGAAUCUAUCUUUUUGAACUGCACUUAAAACAAAUAAAUCAUUUUAGAGAAAAUUGUAAUAGAACUAGAAUAUAUAAACCUUUUAAAGACUUAACAAGACAAAUGCAAAUAGCUUGA